GUAGGAACAUCACUAGUUGGCCUGCCUUUCGGACAGUCGUAGGUUCUCAGAGCCAGACCGGACAGCCGCGAGAAGUUAUUCACCGUCUAACCUCAACGUCGUCGCUCAAACUGACCGAUCUGACCAGUUGAUAAGAUGGCGGGACUACGCACAGCGUCUACGUGGCUGCGGAUCUCGCUGGUGAUGUUAAUACUCGCCAUUAUCCUGUUUGUCGUCGGCUUCGCCACCGUCUAUUGGAUCGAGGCGGAAUGGUACAAGCACGACCCCAGGCUACGGGGCAAGAGCUUUUGGUCGUACGGCCUCUGGGAACAGAGAAUUUGCAUGAAGCAAAACUUCAUCGGUUGCUAUAAUGCCAAAAAUUCUAAUCAACCCGCUUGGUUCCAUGCCGCUCAGGCCAUGGAGUGUCUUGGACUGAUCUGUUUGGUCCUCGCCUUCAUUAUCUUGAUCCUCUACACCUGUGUGACAUCCAUGAGGCGACGAAACCCGCUCAUCCUGGCUAUCAUCCUCACCUUCUUAGCGGUUGCGUUUAUCGUGAUCGGUGUGGCUAUCUUCGUCACUAAGUUCGACACGAUUUACUUUGACGUGGGCUGGUCUCUCGCCUUAGCAAUCGCUGCCGCCGUCUGUACCUUCGUCUCUGGAAUUUUGUCCCUUCUGGAACUCUGCACAAAAUAAGCCAAUUGUCUCAAUAACUAGCAGGCUGACAGAAAUGCAAAAUCGUCGCUUGGAGAAAACAUGCUUUUCAGGUCAUGAUAACUGGCCGAUUGCAUGAUUCCCUCAUCCCGCUGGGGAUUGUGGGUUUUGAAGUGGAUUGUAGGUUUUAAAGUGGGGUAUAGGAGACCUGAUUAGAGAUGUGAGAUACUGCUAGGAAGAUAGGGGUACUGCAAGCAAGAGGUCAUUCUGAAGUUAUUCUCUGAGCCACUGUCCUGUUUGAGAAUUAGAUUGAUCAACGGGUGCUCACCUAAUUCCCAGACGUACACAUGGACUGAUAUCUUCGUGAUUGUGUUCUACUUAAGAAAUGCAAAGUGCGCAUGACAUAGCUAUAACUCUCUCAGUCUAACUUUUGAACUCCUGGUACUCAGUAAUGCACGGUUUUCUAACCUUUAUAGCGCUGAACGUUUCAUGGAAGUCUGAAUUAAGUAGGCCUCCAAAAAUAACUACCAAAGAGGCUCUUCAUAUAUGUCAAAUCUGUUUACAUAAUGUAUUAUACUCCACUUCAAAUCCCGAAAUGCUUUGCAAAUCCUAUAAUACAUUGCAAAUCCCACAAUGCAUGGCGUGGGUUCAAGCGCUUAAACCAUCAAGCUGCUUGGUAUGGGAUAGCGGUUGGGACAGAAGGCCCUACGUCAGAUUCUUGGUCAGGUACUGUGGCGUUGUUAUCAGGGAUACCCACAGUCACUGAAGUAUAUGUGACUGUGCGUAUGCUCUUCACAAGUCUGAAGCACUGGUACGUGGACGUCAUCCCCAGAGACCAGACACGACCCACAGGCCGAUACGAUCGUUCUACCCACCUGUGGAUCAUCUACACUAUACGGGAUACACUCUAUCUACUUUCUCAUUCUUACUUUCUCAUUUCAUUCCCUUAAAAUACCGCUAAAGCACUCUAAAUAAGAUUGGGUCUUCAUUUACAGUACCUAUAUACUUCAGGAAACGGAAUAUACUUUACGGACGGAUAACGGGAUAUUGUUACGAGAAAUGAGUCUAUAAAUAUAUUGUUUUUGUCAAUGUCGAAUAUAUAGUAGAACAUACAGUAUUUAAACGUGGCAGUGAAGCAGACAGUUCGUAUUAAUUAGAUUUGUAGUGAAAUAGGUAACUGAAGUUGAUUUUAUUCUAGCGUGUUAAUAGAUGUCUCCAUGUUGCUUUAACUUUCUAGAGUGAGCCAGCAGGUGUUUGUAGCAAUACGUAUGAGAUUUUUAGCAGCAGUUUUGUUUACUAAGCUUGGAGGCCUAUACCUUACACGUUUAUAUAGGAUUUCUUGCUCAAGUACAUUUGUAACAAUGAUCGGAAUGAAAUAAAG